AUGCCACUCCUAAUCUCCUCCCUCACCCUCCGCACCCUGCGGACAAUCAUCCAGCGCCCCUCCAUCGCCACCACCGCAAUCAAACCAACCUCGCGCUUCCAACCCAUCCUCCGCACACCCGCCGCCCUCACCGGCUUCACAGCAGCACGAACAACAAUCGCACCAACAGGCCCCUCCGCCCUCCUGCGCCGCCAAUUCUCCACCUCCCCGAUCCGCCAGGCAACAUACAACCAGAUUCGUCGCGGAUGCCGAGUUUCGCAGCGGGCGCGGAGAUCUAGGUCUCCGGCGCUGGUGGAUAGGUCGCAGAUGAAGGGCGUUUGUUUAAAGACUGGUAUUACGAAGCCGAAGAAGCCAAACUCGGGGGAGAGGAAGACGGCGAGAGUUAGGUUGAGUAGUGGGAAGGUUAUUACGGCUUAUAUUCCGGGUGAGGGUCACAAUGUCCAGCAGCACAGCGUGGUUCUUGUUCGUGGUGGUAGAGCUCAGGAUUGUCCUGGUGUGAAGUAUCACUUGGUUCGUGGUGCUAUGGAUUUGGGUGGUGUUGCCAGUCGUCUGACCAGUCGGUCGAAGUACGGAACGAAGAAGCCCAAGAAGGACUAA